ACGCACGGGGGUGGCGGCCAUUUUGUUUUGGACCUCGAGCGGGAGUUGGCGGCGGCUUCGGGAUCUGUGGUGCUACAGACCAAGACAGGAAAAGCCAGGCUGGGCGAUUAGGUGGAUCUGCCGACCAGACAGUCAACCAGCAACAACGAACUAAUCUCGCAAUCUACAGCUUACCCAUCUGACCAACCGCCCACUUAGCUAACCCAAGCCCCUCCACCGUCAGCUGAGGUUCGGCCGUUCCCCGGCCCACCUGCCGGAGCCGUGGUGGCAGCCCCAGGAGGAGCGCUGGCGUCCGUUUCCUUCGAUUCUCGGGAUUUGAAGAUGGCUGCACAGUCAGCACCGAAAGUUGUGCUAAAAAGCACCACCAAGAUGUCUCUAAAUGAGCGGUGAGGCAGCCAACAGCAACUUCAGCUACUUCCUAAGAAAACAUUGCUUAAGUUGACCCUGGGGUCCAAUACACAAAACCAGUUUUAAGCUAAAUACCAACAGAAGGCUACAGACCUCUGUUCUUAGUUGCAUCUUAUGUGGUACACAAAACAAAUGGGGCGGCUGUUUCAAAACCCCUUAUCAGUAGACUUUUAUGUUAAGCUAUCUGAAAUAUUUAUCUGGUGGGAUAUAUUUUAAAAAGACUCCUAACACCCUCCCUUUUCUUCACAUUUGUUUUACAUUGAUACAGGGGUGGUGCAGCACAAUAGCAUGGUAUCCUGGCUGCAGUAGGCUUGCUGCCCAGUCCAAGGCCAGCAGUGUUGUGUUUGGCCUGUAAGAGGCAGGUAGCAAGCUAUGAAUAUGUCCAAAGGCCCUUGAAUGUCAUUCUUGGGCCUUGUAAGAGGCACUUGGCUUUGUUCAUUUCACUUCUUUCCAUUCUGCUUUUAGUUUGUUUUUGUUUUGGAUUCUUUUAUACUUAAAUGUUUUUCUCUUCCAUUCCAUUAAAUUACCUGCAAAUAAUACAGGGUGUCUCCACAGGCUCUUAAAUGAUUGAACUAAUUUAACUUUCAGAAGUAAGUACUUGGUGUAAGAAAAAGUGAUCAUUUGAGACUAACAAAAUUAAAGAUAUUUAAAGGCAGUUUCUGUCUCUGAGAGCUUUGUUCAUUGUGUGCAUUUGACCGAUAAUUUCAUUAAAUUGAUAGUGGAUCACUAAGAGAUUUAAUGUCUGUUUUUGGCUCUUUUGAAGCAUAUGUGCUGCUUUCCUUUAUCCUUAAAGAUGUGAUAUGCUGAUUAUAUUCAUAUGUUACUAAAGUGACAAAUAUAUUUUGAAAUUUAUUAUACUCCUGUAAUUUUUAUGAGUACAUUAUUUCCAUGAGCUUCAAAGGUCUUCUAGUCCUUUCUCAUGUUUGCCUUUAGAAUGCUCCCUCAAGUCUCCCAAGAUCUAAGCUUUCUUUGUCUUUGAAACUACAUCUUGUGUCUCUUGUCAUCAUAUCUGCUUAUUGCGUGUUUUUCAUACUUUCCACCUUUCUAAAAGUUGUUACCUGAGCCCUUGUUACCACUUUUGAUUGAAUGUGCUGCACUUAGCUGCAUUUCUAAGUUUCUGAUUCUUGCAAGUUUGUGGAAACAGUGGAGUCUUUAACCCACAUCAGCCUUGAUCUAAGUGUACCACUUUGCUUAAAAGUUCGUGGGAUCUGGAGCUCCUGGUCUAGCAAGCCAUGAAAAUGCCAAUAAAUGUUUUGUAAUAAAGCUUUUAUUUAAACAUCCAUUUUGUUCGACCUUGAAGCUUUACUAAUAUGCUGAAGAACAAACAACCGAUGCCAGUGAAUAUUCGGGCUUCGAUGCAGCAACAACAGCAGCUAGCCAGUGCCAGAAACAGAAGACUGGCCCAGCAGAUGGAGAAUAGACCCUCUGUCCAGGCAGCUUUAAAACUUAAGCAGAGCUUAAAGCAGCGCCUGGGUAAGAGUAACAUCCAGGCACGGUUAGGCCGACCCAUAGGGGCCCUGGCCAGGGGAGCAAUCGGAGGACGAGGCCUGCCCAUAAUCCAGAGAGGCUUGCCCAGAGGAGGACUACGUGGGGGACGUGCCACAAGAACCCUACUUAGGGGCGGGAUGUCACUCCGAGGUCAAAACCUGCUCCGAGGUGGACGAGCCGUAGCUCCCCGAAUGGGCUUAAGAAGAGGUGGUGUUCGAGGUCGUGGAGGUCCUGGGAGAGGGGGCCUAGGGCGUGGAGCUAUGGGUCGUGGAGGAAUCGGUGGUAGAGGUCGGGGUAUGAUAGGUCGGGGAAGAGGGGGCUUUGGAGGACGUGGACGUGGACGUGGACGAGGAAGAGGUGCCCUUGCUCGCCCUGUGUUGACCAAGGAACAGCUGGACAACCAAUUGGAUGCAUACAUGUCAAAAACGAAAGGACACCUGGAUGCCGAGUUGGAUGCCUACAUGGCUCAGACAGAUCCUGAAACCAAUGAUUGAAGCCUGAUCUCCUUCCCAUGAGAGACUCUUGUUAAAGUCACCACAUCUGUAAAUAACCUUGAGCGAUAACAGCUGAGAAGAAAUUUGAUUGAUGCUGGAUGGACCUAUCAUAAUAGGCUAUGGACUUGCCACCAGUUUGUGCAUUUAGGUGUUCCUUUCACUUUUUGAUACUGUUGUGUGAAAAAUUUUUCCCCACUUCGAUUUGGUUGGGGUUUUGGGUUUUUGGUGUCUUUGUUUUCUACCCUUUGCCCAGACUUUGAACACAGAUGUGUUGGCCUUGUGGCUAGAAAACCUUC